ACUGUGUAACAAAGGUGCAGGGCUUGGAGAGCCACAGUGCGGUAGGAGAACCGCACCGUGGUUCUGGCAGCUUGAAGAAGGGAAAGGAACGCAUAAAGGCUUCCCCGAACGCGAAUACACGGACAUGAACCGGAGAAUCCCCGAGAGCCUGAAAAAUGGAAACAUCUGCGCCUUUUUCCGGCCGAGGUGCAGUUUUUCUUCUUAAAAUCCAGGGGAACGUGGCUUGGUCCGACGGAGCCCAUUUCAACGGGUAGAGAGAAGAAUGGAUGGAAAACGCGCAGACUAGCGAUCCACCGUGGCAGCGACACUGGAAAGAGGAGAAAGCACCCCGGCGGGCGUCCACGACUGAAAGAGCCUUUCAAUUAAACACAGAAAGCCGCGCAUCUGCUCAAGUCACAGCCUUUUGCUGUUUUCAAGGAAUUCCAGCUCUUGGGAUGCUUCAUAGGCUUUGACCAUUCUGACAACUGAAGGCGAGAUGGGUGAAGUUCAGGACGUCAGGGAUCUGAAGAGGAGCUUCGUUGCACCAGCAAUAAAGUCUUUCGAGCACUACGACAUCUCUCGAGCCAAGAUCUGUUGCAGCCUGACCUGGCUGGUGGCCAAGGCAUACGGGACAGACAGCGUCCCGGCAGACCUGAAGGAGCCCUUCUACACGGAUCAGUACGAGCAGGAGCACCUGAAGCCUCCGGUGACGAGCCUCCUGCUGUCGGCCGACCUCUACUGCCGCGCCGGCAGCCUUAUCCUGAAGAGCGACGCCGCCAAGCCUCUGCUGGGCCAUGACGCCGUCAUCCAGGCCCUGGCCCAGCGGGGGCUCUACGUCACCGACCAGGAGAGGCUGGUCACCGAGAGGGACCUUCGCAAGCGGCCCUUGCAAAUGAGUGCCCAUCUGGCAAUGAUCGAUACUUUGAUGAUGGCAUACACAGUGGAGGUCAUGAGUGUGGAUAAAGUGAUGGCCUGCAUUCGUCAGUACUCAGCCUUCGACCCUGUGGUGGAGACGCCAUACGAUACAGAAGACGCAGUGACCACCUGGGUCAACAAGGUAAACGAAUAUCUGAAAGACAUCGUGGCUCAGGAGCAGAGGAAGAAGGAGGCACAGAAUGCAGAGCCUGCUGGGAGUCCUCGGUCUCCAACGAAGUGGUACAUGAAGCUUGUGCCUGCUCGGUACAGAAAGGAACAGACCCAGACCCAGUCGGUUCCCUGGAUCCCCCCAGUGGACAACCUGCUGAAAGACAGCACAGACGGCUCGGCCCUGGGUGCCCUGCUGCACUUCUACUGCCCUCAGCUGCUCCCGCUGGAAGACGUGUGUCUGAAAGAGAACAUGACACUGGCCGAUCGGAUGUACAACCUGCAGCUCAUCCAGGACUUCUGCAAAGACAACCUGAACAGCUGCUGCCACUUCAGCUUGGAGGACAUGCUCUACGCCUCCUCCACAAUCAAGAAUAACUACCUGGUGUUCAUGGCCGAGCUGUUUUGGUGGUUCGAGGUAGUCAAGCCGUCUUUUGUAAAACCAAGAACACUGGAAAAUGAAGGAGGAGAUCCCUCAUCCUUGUUGAAGAGUUUGCCGGCCAUCUCCAUCUCCAAGGCAACCAAGAGAAGCUUCUCAGAAAGACCCCCCAGUCCUGAAGGACCCAGUUUGCCCCUGCGACCCCAGCCUCGAAGCACAGGAGAGAUGAAAAGGUCAACCUCCAUGUCUUUUGUUGAUGGCAACCUCGGCACCUGGCCCAAAGAGAAAAGAUCUGGCCCUUACGGAGUGUCUUUUGACAUUCCCUUCGAUAAAGACGACUCUGCGCCCGCUUCCUUUUCAUCCACGCGUGGCAUCGUCCGGUCCGUCAGCACCGACGAUGGCUCCGGUUUCAAGGUCCACCACAUGCCCCGAGGAAUGAAGCGAAACCUGUCCUUCCAGCCUGUGAACGGUCAGAGCGUGGGCAUUGAGGAGGAGGGCUGCCCGGACAGCUUAGCCGCAGCGGACCCCCCUAGGGAAGCCUACCCCAAUGGACAUGGCAGCGUCCCGGCAGCUCCCUCCAUGGAGGAGGCCCUUCAGAUCAUUCACAGUCCCAGCAGACCGCCGGUGGAAGGCACCAACAAUGGCUUCUUCCUGCACAGCCAGGAACAUAGAGCAGGUGUUGGUGGCCUGGAGCCACUGUCAGAGUUAGACUCCAAAGGAACUUUGAGCCCCACGGACACCACAGAGGUGGAUACCGGGAUCCACAUCCAGACUGAGGAUAUGCUGGACGAGGACUCCUCCCUGAAAGACUGCUCCGUGCACAUGGAGCUGGACAUGGACACGCCGAGCCCCUGCCCGAGCAACCACAGCAAGUCUCCCUUAUCCAUAAAGAUGACGAGUUUUGCCGAACAGAAAAUGAAAAAGCUCAAUCCGUCGGCGCCAGAUUCAGGAAGGGGCAGCAGCAGCUCCCUCAAGACCACUCCCGAAGGCUCGGAGUUUGGCCUCCCGCUGUCCGUUUCCUGGGCCCCGACGCCCGAGCACAGCCCCGUCCGUCAGCAGGCCGCUCAGGCAUCGCCCUCUCCUGUAAAGCUCCCACCCAAUGACCCCGCCCAGGUCAUGGCUACAGAGAUGGUGCAGCUGAGAAUGAGGCUGGAGGAGAAACGGAAAGCGAUAGAAGCGCAGAAGAAGAAGGUGGAGGCCGCUUUCACCAGGCAUCGGCAGAAGAUGGGUCAUUCUGCGUUUCUCAACGUCGUGAAGAGAAAAGGAGACGGGGCCGCCAGUGCAGAGGAAGGAGGGAAAGGAGACGGAGAAGGCAAAGCAGCGAGCACAAGUCCCCUGUUGAAGUUGGGCAGGAGCAAAGCAGACACACCUGAUGGGGCAGAGCAAAGCAACGCAAGCUCCUGUUGGAUGAAGUCGCCCGGUGCAGCAGAGGAGGGCGGCCAAAGCCACGCCCAGCUGACCGAAGGGGAUCUCAGCGAGUACACGCGCUCUAUCGAGAAGCUCAACCACUCGCUGGCGUUCCUCCAGACCGAGAUGCAGCGGUUAGCGCAGCAGCAGGAGGUGAUCAUGGCCAUGAGGGAGCAGCAGCAUCAGCAGGCCUGGGUCAUCCCUCCCCCGCACGCCCACCCGUCGCCGCAGAAACACAGCCGACCCGGGGCCGUCGCCCGGUCCUCGGGACCCUCUUCUCCCGCGGACUCGCCCCGCUCCACCCACCGCUCCCCGACCAGCAUAAAGCGCAAGUCCGCGUCCUUCCACUCCCGCAACCCUCGCGCCGCUCGUCCCAGCGAGCUCAAGCUGGCCCCCUACAGCCGGGUGCUGGCCGCCCCGCAGUCGGUCGACAGCAUCCCGCGGCUGCGGCGCUUCUCCCCCUGCCAGCCGUUGGCAGGCGCCUUCGUUUACAUGGGGGAGAGACCAGCGUCUGCCAGUGCAGAGGCAGUCCCUCCGGAUGGAGAUAAGAGCAAGGAGAUCCCAACGCCCACCUCUCCGCGCCUGCAUGGAAAGGGAGAGGAAAUCGCAGUAGAUUCAAAUGGCAAGUCCCAGAAAACAGAGGCUGACGGCCGGUCCAAGCUGACUGACAUGGAAACAGACGAGCAGAAGGCAGCCGUGGACGUGAAACCUACCAUCGAGUCGUCAUUUCCUGAGGUUCUGGCCCAUCCGGUGGUAGAAACCUUCACCGUAACACCAACCGAGAUGCCGCUCUACCCAGAAGCCUCAGGCCAAGCAAAGAGCAGCUUAAUCGAAGUUCCUCUGUCAGUGGUGACGCCGCUGGAGGACCUGGCGCCUGAUGAUGGGUUGGAGAUGCAGCAGGCUGACGCAGGAGGCCUGGAUGAGGAGCAGAACAUGUGCCGUGGCUUCUUUUUUAAGGAGGACGGAAAGGCAGAGGAGAACAUGGCCCAGAAGAGAGCGGCGUUGCUGGAGAAGAGGAUGAGGAGGGAGAAGGAGAACCAGCAGAGGAAGGUGCAGCUGGAAGCCGAACUGGAGCAGAAGAAGGAGGAAGCUCGAUUGAAAGCGGAGGAGGAGCGGAUCCGGAAGGAGGAGGACAAGGCCAGGAGGGAGUUCAUCAAGCAGGAGUACCUCAGGAGGAAGCAGCUGAAGCUGAUGGAGGACAUGGACAGCGUCAUCAAGCCUCGGCCUGCCAGCGGGGCCCGGCAGAGGCGUGGCCGGCCCAAGUCCAUCCACCGGGACAGCAUGGACUCGCCCAAAACCCCCGUGCGAGCGGCCACAGUCUCCAGCUUGUCUCUGGCCUCGCUCAACCUGGGAGACGGCGAAAGCGAGAAGAGGGCGUCAAGAAGCGCUAGUUUAGCCUCUGGCAGCCUCUUCUACUUUCUGAGCUCUCCUAAACUGAGAAGGAGAAGGCCUGACUCUGCAGACGGCUUCCUGUCCCCGAGUCGCUCCAGCAGCAGGAACGGAGAGAAAGACUGGGAAAACGCUUCCACCACCUCCUCCGUUACAUCCAACACGGAGUACACAGGACCAAAGCUGUACAAGGAGCCCAGUGCCAAAUCUAACAAGCACAUCAUCCAGAAUGCUUUGGCCCACUGCUGCCUCGCAGGCAAGGUCAACGAGGGCCAGAAGAACAAGAUCCUGGAGGAAAUGGAGAAAUCGGAGGCCAACAACUUCCUGGUUUUGUUCCGUGACGCCGGCUGCCAGUUCCGCUCGCUCUACACCUACUGCCCCGAGACUGAGGAAACCAACAAGCUGGCGGGCAUCGGCCCGAGGAGCGUCACGCGCAAGAUGAUCGACGGCCUCUACAAGUACAACUCGGACAAGAAGCAGUUCAGCCAGAUACCAGCCAAGACCAUGUCGGCCAGCGUGGAUGCAGUGACAAUCCACAACCAUCUAUGGCAAACCAAGAAGCCAGCCACCCCCAAAAAAGUAGUGCCUGCCCAGUCCUAAUGGAACUUGGUACCACGAUUCUCACCAUGUCCCUCCUUCAGAUGGAACACACCCAUUUGCACUUCACUGUACAUAUCCAUGAACCUCAAACACCUGCGCCUGCAGCUCGAUGAAUGCAGACAUGUUCCUUUUCAUUCAUUCGUUUUUCUUCUCAAUGCGUUCCUGUCCCAGUUUUCCUACUUACUCUGGACUGGACAUGUGUGAGUCAGAGGUUCUAAACAAGUGGAAUGUAUGCCACUGUUGAAGAAUGAUGUAAAUGCUUUCUGUGUUUUUGGAGAUUUUUUCGCGUUGGAGUCGAGUUUGUUUCCAAAGGCAUGUGUGAGUGUCCUAUGUGCCAAACGUCAAAAAAAGAGACGGUGUGAAUGGCGUUUUACUCGGUUCACUGAAGCACUGAAUGUUUUGAAUUGUGUACUUUAUCCUGUUGAUGUGAGGCCUUACGUGUGCUUUGUUUCAGCGUGUGAGUGCAGCGGGUGAUUGUAAGGUAACGUGCACACGGAGGCUUUUUUUAGCAUUUGGAAGAACAUUUAUUUCUUCAUCUCUGUGGGUAAAACGAUGUUUGUAUAUUAAGGUACAUUAAACUAAAAAGGGCCAAAAAAACGAAUAACAUACAGCUAGUUUCAGCCACACUGUCCAUGUGUGAGCAGCUCAACAAAGCAAAGCGGUCUCAGCUUUUUCCUCUACCCCCUUUUCAGAAAGUGAAAAGAAUCACGGAUCACUGGCUAUGGGUCAGAACACCUACGAGUAUGAACCGGUGCACAAAUCUGAGGUGCUUUUGCGGCAAUUUAGAGGAUCGUUGCGACCUCGAGAUUAAAACAGAUCAGCAUUGAAAAUAAAAACGAUCCCUCGUGUGUCAGUGUUAACCCGGCGAUUUGUUUACAGUGUUGUAGGUCUGUCAGCUGCUGGUUCACAGCAGGUUUGUGAACAAAUACAACUGCUGGGUAUUAUGUCUUUGUUAUUUUAAGAAUAUGUACAAUCACACUCUCACCCACUGAUAUCAGGAGUAUGACAUGUGGCAUCUCUAUCAUUUUAAAUACUAGUGCUUUCUCGACAGUAUUAAAUUUCAAAUUUACACUUGGACUACAGUAUCUUGAUAUGAGUGCACUUGAGGAACUGUAUGGCACUUUUUCACCGUACAGUUCCAUUUCCAGAGUUAGACUUGUGACAAGUUAAAAGUUCUUAUUUAACAACUUACUGCCUGAAUCAUAAAAAUGGCCACAUCGUUACAAAAAGUCAUUUGUCAGUGUCUGGGCAUCUGUUGCUAAGCAUCAUCUGACUGUAUUAGCAGCACAUUCGUCUGAAGCAUUUUAUGGCAUCAUGUCUUAAAAAGGCCAGUCAUUGUAUUAGAUUUGUUUCAUUGUCAGGUGAGUGAACCUCACCCAGUCCAGAUCCGUGUUGCUGCGUUACGGGUAGAAGACGUGCUGCAGGGUUUCAUUUGCUGUCAUUAUCACGUUCCUUUUGUCACAUCAGCACCAUGUUCAACAAGACCAGUCCACUAAGCUGGAACUGUGUCUCCAGCGAAGGGGUAAUAUUAUGACCAGCAAUGCGUGUACAUGUAAAAGAGUCCGACAGAGGGAGGAGGUGUUUGUCUUUAGGUUCUUUGUAAGGUCGUGACCUCAGAAGGCUCUGUCCAUUUGCUUUUGGCUGUUUAAGGCCAAGGUUAAAGAUAUUUGAAACUGUAAUGAUAUUGUACAGUGUGUCCACGUGAGCUCAUUCUUAUUCACUGCGAUGACUUUGUUUAGUUUGUCAGACGCUGUGCUGUCAUUCAGUGUAUUGCUGAACAUGUAGUUUCUUUUUUUUAUGUAUUUAAUAAAACAAAGCAUGGCCUCAGCAUUUAGGUUGCGCUGUCUGAGAGAACA